CGGGGGCCGCGGCGGGCGCCAAGGAGCUCGGCAACUCCGUGAGCUUCAAGGCGGACGGCGGCGGCGGCGAGGCGGGCGGGGAGGACGCGGCGGGCCCGCGGCGGCCCUACGGCUUCAUGCAGCGCCAGUUCACCUCCAUGCUGCAGCCCGGCGUCAACAAAUUCUCCCUUCGUAUGUUCGGGAGCCAGAAGGCGGUGGAGAAGGAGCAGGAGAGGGUGAAGACGGCCGGCUUCUGGAUCAUCCACCCCUACAGCGACUUCAGGUUUUAUUGGGAUUUGAUAAUGCUUAUAAUGAUGGUUGGAAAUCUGGUCAUCAUCCCAGUUGGAAUCACGUUCUUUACAGAGCAGACGACAACACCGUGGAUUAUCUUCAACGUGGCCUCGGACACGGUCUUUCUCUUGGACCUGAUCAUGAAUUUUAGGACUGGGACCGUCAACGAGGACAGCUCCGAAAUAAUCCUGGACCCCAAAGUGAUCAAGAUGAACUACUUGAAGAGCUGGUUUGUGGUGGACUUCAUCUCCUCAAUUCCAGUGGAUUAUAUCUUUCUUAUUGUGGAAAAAGGAAUGGAUUCGGAAGUUUACAAGACAGCCAGAGCACUUCGCAUUGUGAGGUUUACAAAAAUUCUCAGUCUCUUGCGCUUACUACGACUUUCAAGGUUAAUUAGAUACAUCCACCAGUGGGAAGAGAUAUUCCACAUGACCUAUGACCUCGCCAGCGCCGUGGUGAGGAUCUUUAACCUCAUCGGCAUGAUGCUGCUCCUCUGUCACUGGGACGGCUGUCUGCAGUUCCUGGUGCCGCUGCUGCAGGACUUUCCGCCAGACUGCUGGGUUUCUCUGAACAGGAUGGUUAAUGUUUCAUGGGGACAGCAAUAUUCCUACGCGCUCUUCAAAGCCAUGAGCCACAUGCUGUGCAUUGGGUAUGGGGCCCAAGCCCCCGUCAGCAUGUCUGACCUCUGGAUCACUAUGCUGAGCAUGAUCGUGGGCGCCACCUGCUAUGCCAUGUUCGUCGGCCACGCCACAGCUCUAAUCCAGUCACUGGACUCUUCCCGGCGGCAGUACCAAGAGAAGUAUAAGCAAGUGGAGCAGUACAUGUCCUUCCAUAAGUUACCGGCUGACAUGCGCCAGAAGAUCCAUGACUAUUACGAACACAGAUACCAGGGCAAGAUCUUUGAUGAGGAAAACAUUCUCAAUGAACUUAAUGAUCCACUGAGAGAGGAGAUAGUCAACUUCAACUGCCGAAAGUUGGUGGCCACAAUGCCCCUUUUCGCCAACGCAGACCCUAAUUUUGUGACGGCCAUGCUGAGCAAGCUGAGAUUUGAGGUGUUUCAGCCUGGAGACUACAUCAUCCGCGAGGGGGCCGUAGGGAAGAAGAUGUACUUCAUCCAGCACGGCGUGGCCGGCGUCAUCACCAAGUCCAGCAAGGAGAUGAAGCUCACCGACGGCUCCUACUUUGGAGAAAUCUGCCUGCUGACCAAGGGGCGCCGCACCGCCAGCGUUCGUGCCGAUACAUACUGUCGUCUUUACUCCCUCUCUGUGGACAAUUUCAAUGAGGUUCUGGAGGAGUACCCAAUGAUGCGAAGAGCUUUUGAGACAGUCGCCAUCGACCGGCUGGACCGGAUAGGGAAGAAGAACUCCAUCCUGCUGCAGAAGUUCCAGAAGGACCUGAACACGGGCGUCUUCAACAACCAGGAGAACGAGAUCCUGAAGCAGAUCGUGAGGCACGACCGCGAGAUGGUGCAGGCCGUCGCCCCGCUCGGCUACCCGCAGGCGGCCGGCCUCAACCCCGCGCCCGCCGCCGCCACGCCCGCCGCGCGCCUGGCGGACGGCUUCCACCGCUACUACGGCCCCAUUGAGCCGCAGGGCCUGGGCCUGGGCCUGGGCGAGACGCGGGCUGCGGCCCGGGGUGCGGCCGGGCGUCCGCUGUCGCCGCCAGCCGCGCAGCCCCCACAGAAGCCACCACCCUCCUACUUCGCCAUCGUGCGCGACAAGGAGCCGGCCGAGCCCCCCGCGGGCGCCUUCCCGGGCUUCCCGUCGCCGCCCGCGCCCCCCGCCGCCGCGCCCGCGGUUCUGGGCCCGGACCCCGACGUCCCCGAGAAGCCGCGCUUCGCCUCGAACCUAUGA